AUGCAGAGCAUGCAGCGCCAGUUUGGUCGUAUGACCACAAAGCGCUCGGCGGACGAUAGCCAGGUCGCCGUGCUGCUGAAAGACAUCAAGGACGCGGAUCAGCUCUUGACUCAAAUCAUCGACUCCACCAAAGCCUGGCGCGAUGCCUGGACCUCCGUUGCGACACACCAAAGCCGCUUGGCGGAGGAAUUCGACGGCCUGUACGCUCCCAUUGUCGGGUCCUCGACCGCGCCCACCGCCCACCGACCCGUCGACACCGAUCCCAUGUUGCUGAGGCGGACAAACAAGCUGCGGCGAGAUUUUGAUGACCUGCGGAUCGAAUUGUCGCAGGAACUUAGGGACGUCGAGGCCCGCAUGACGAACCCCGCCGAACAGGCAAAGCAGUUCCUAUCGCCCAUAUGGAAGACGAUCAAAAAGCGUGAAGAGCGAAAGCUGGACUUCGAGCGCUACCAAAACAAGGUCGAUGGCUACAUGAAAAAGACCAAGCGUACCGACCGUGACAAUAUGGCUCUGGCCAAGGCCGAGACAGAGCUGGCCCAAGGCAAAGCAAACUACCAAGCUGCAGAUGAAGACCUCAUCCGGCGCCUGCCAAAGCUGAUCGCGCUCACGUUCUCCCUCAUUCCUAUCAUCUUGAAUGCGCAGAUAGAGAUCCAGAACCGUCUGCUGGGCCAGUACUACACAGCUCUGCAUGCCUACUGUGAGGGAGAAAGGUUCCCAUCGCCGCCACCGCCAAUGGACCAAAUCAUCAUGGACUGGGAGGACGCCCACUUCCCCAUCCGGAACCGCUUCGAGAGCUUUGACUGUCUGGCCCAGGGCAAAUCAAUCCGACAGACAUCAGCCGACCAGCCUGAAGAGAAAUCCAGCCGGUUCAACAUCCUCGGCAAGAGUCGCUCCAACGGCAACAUUCCCCAAAUCCCCUUCACCAGGAAACCCUCCCACCCCGCCCCAUCCUUUCAUGGCAGCUUGUCCCCGUCCCAACCUGAGGACAUGCCGCCCUCCCUGCCGAACAACAAGCCCCCGCCCCAAAGAUACCCAUCCCCUUCGCCUCCCGCUUCACUCAUGACGCGCCCCAGCACCCUCUCCAUCAACAGUUCCGCCGCCACCUCCCCACCAGCAUCGGACUACCAGCCGGCGACCCCCCAGCCGGGGUCGAUCCAAUACGCCCCUGCGGGUCCAAAAAUGGACUACUUCAGCCGCGAGCGCAACGCCGCGCCGUCGCCCGCCCAGACAGAUUAUACGAGCGUGAUCGCAAAAAAGAAGAAGCCCCCACCACCGCCUCGCGCGCUGCCGCAGAAAUUCGUCCGCGCCCUGUACGACUUCGACGGCCAGGGUCCCGGAGACCUUUCAUUCCGUGAAAACGACUGCAUCCGCAUCGUGCAGCGAACCGCCAGCACGGAUGACUGGUGGGAGGGCGAGUUGGCGGGUGUGAAGGGAUCCUUUCCUGCAAAUUACGUGGAGACUAUUUGA